AUGCGUUGUUUCUUUAUGAUGUUAGGCGACAAGUGCUAUGUCAUAGUAAUGGAUGUGGAGGAGAAAAGCUGCAUAAUAAGCGACUGGUUCGGAUGGACUAGAUCAUCCAUGGCGAAGCUAGCAGAGGCUGAAACGCGUUUGUUUGCAACGUUUGGCGCUCAAAUUAUCUCUCGAUUUGUUCCGAUUCGAUUCAAAGGAAGCGAGGUAUACACAAUAACUACGGAGUCGACUGACGAAAAGAAAUCGGACGAUCCAGUGGUGCUUGUACAUGGAUUCGGAGCCGGAGUUGCCGUAUGGAGUGCGAACAUAACUGCGAUAGCCAGAUAUCAUACAGUUCACGCAUUCGACCUUUUAGGUUUUGGUCGUUCUUCGCGGCCCCGAUUCAGUAAUGAUCCUACAUUGGCUGAACUAGAGAUGGUUGAGUCUAUUGAAGAUUGGAGGAAAUCGAUGGGCAUUGAAAAAAUGUACCUUGUGGCUCAUUCUUUCGGAGCUUAUCUGGCUUCUUCCUACGCUCUGGAACAUCCUCAUCGUGUGAAACAUCUUGUACUUGUUGACCCGUGGGGGUUCCCAGAAAAGAUCACACCAACUGAGAAGCAGAUAACUCCUUAUCCUUGGAUGGUUUUCAUUGGAGGAGUUUUGUCGUACUUCAAUCCACUCGCUACCCUGCGAGUCGCAGGACCAUAUGGUCCAACUAUUGUGAAGAAAUUGCGUCCAGACUUGCGUCAUCGUUACAAAAGCGAAAAUCCAGAUGACAUUUAUGAGUAUUUGUACCACUGUAAUGCCCGAAAGCCUACUGGAGAAACUGCCUUUAAAAGCAUGACUCUUCCAUUUGGCUGGGCAAAGCGCCCAAUGAUCAAAAGAUUUAAUGGUAUAGUGGAUUCAGUGCCUGUUACAUUCAUAUAUGGAAGUAAGAGCUGGAUCGAUCCAGGACCGGCCUUUGACAUUCAAGCGCAGCGAAAUGGUUAUGUGGACGUACAAAUUAUCCGCGGUGCUGGCCACCAUGUCUACGCAGAUGCCCCAGAGGCAUUCAAUGACGUUCUUCAAUCAGUUUUUGUUGGAUCAGAAACAACCAAUCUUAGUGAUUGCUCUGAAGCCCAACUUCAAGAAGAAUCGACGACUUGA